AUGCUGUGGGCAUCUGUAGCCUCCAACACUGGGGGUGGGAUGGCCAAAAUAGGGCGCUUCAAUGCAAGCACACUGGCAUUGACAGCCAUUGUGGUCAAUGGGGCUGUGAGCAUCCUUGCUGAGCCACCGGUGGACCGAAUCUUGGUUCUGGCCAUGUGGAUGAACUGCAGCUGUGUAAAUGGGCAAUGCAUCACUGAGCAAUUCCAUUUGUUAGGGACCUUUACCACGCUAGAGGUGAAAGUUUGUUAUUACUACCGGAUGUGUUUUGUGUGCACAUUGAAUGUUUGUGUCCACAUUGGUGCACCUCUCCUCUCACCAUCUCAAGUGGGAUCAUGGGGGCUUGGUGAAGGUGGAGCAUGGACCACAUUGGUGCACCUCUCCUCCCUUCACCUUAAGUGGGAUCAUGGGGACUUGGUGAAGGUGGAGCAUGGACCACAUUGGUGCACCUCUCCUCCCUCCACCUUAAGUGGGAUCAUGGGGGCUUGGUGA